GACAUACUUCAUUAGCAAAAUGAUCUUUCCCGCGUUUAGAAAACUAAGAUAUUGGAGGCUAAUGUUAUGCAGGACUUGGAUGGAACCAUGGAUGUUGUUUGUAGCUCUAUGUAGUAUCAGUACCGGGUAUUUCAUUGGCUCAUCAAUACAAACACUUCCAACCAAUAAGAUUACUAAAGUUUAUUCAGGCUCGUCGAUGUGCUACAUUGUUGAAUCUGAACUUGCAAGCUCAGGCCAAGGAUUCAGAAGAGUUAAUAGCACUAGUAUAUAUGUAGCAACAAAUCCACGAGGAGCUGAAGGAUUGCCUCCAGAUAUUGUUGAGCCAUAUUCAGAUCUUUAUUUAAAUGAAUUGCUUGAAAGUUCGAGAAAGGAAUCAGCAGUAAAACCCAAGUACUUACUGGCUUUAACAGUGGGGUAUAAUCAGAAGGAAAUAGUUGAUAAAAUUGUCUCGAAGUUCUCAGAGAACUUUUUGAUUGUUCUGUUCCAUUACGAUGGGAGAGCAAGUUCCUGGGAUAAUUUGGAAUGGUCACGUCGAGCAAUUCAUAUAAGUUCAAGAAAACAAACCAAAUGGUGGUAUGCAAAGCGAUUUCUUCAUCCUCACAUUGUAGCUGCCUACGAAUACAUGUUUAUCUGGGAUGAAGAUAUUGGUGUUGAGAAUUUUAAUGCGGAUGAGUAUGUCAAGCUUGCAAAGAAGUACCAGUUGGACAUAUCGCAGCCAGCAAUAGAGUCAAAGGCGGGCUUAACAUGGCCGAUGACACAGAGAAGGAAUGAUGUCGAGGCUCACAAGAAAUCUAAAGACCAAGAAUGUCCAAAUCCACAUUCACCUCCAUGUGCAGGAUUCGUAGAAAUUAUGGUCCCAGUGUUCUCAAGAAAAUCAUGGAGCUGUGUAUGGCAUAUGCUUCAGAAUGAUUUGGUGCAUGGAUGGGGUCUUGAUCUUAAUCUCUGGAGAUGUGUUGAGAAGCCAAAUGAAGACAUUGGCGUCAUUGAUGCACAAUGGGUUGAGCAUAUGGCAGUGCCAUCACUAGGAGACCAGGGACAGUCUAUUAAUGGAAGUGCACCAUGGGAAGGAGUUCGAGCAAGAUGUUUCUUAGAAUGGAGAGAAUUUGAUAGAAGAUUAGAUGAUGAAAACCACCUUCAUCCAGGAUCACUCUGACUCUCUGAGAAUGCAAUGCCGCGCAAACAUAUAAAUGACAAAAUUUAAUCCGGAGAAGAGAUGUUUGUGGCAAAGAAAUUCUCAAAGAUUAAAUCCUGUAUGUUGAAAAGAAUUGAAACCAGUGAAAUUUGUGGUGUUUUCUGGUAUAAGUUUGUGUAUUGGAUUACCCCUGGUUUAUACAUAAGAGAAGUUAGAACAAAGUUAUCAAAGUGAUUCCUUUUGCGAGCAGCACUCAAUUUCAAUGCAAGUAUCCAAAUUAUUUGAGAGCAGGCUGAUUUUUCGGGUUUCUGGUAGCACAGACACAGAUUGUUGUGUGAGGUGACUGGUAUGUGUUCAACUGUUAUAGCAUUGUUUAUAGUUAAUUCUGCUUAAAUUAUGUUAUAUACUUAGAUAUUAAGUUUGCAGUUUUGAAAUUAAAUAUUUGUAGAAGAAAAAUACUCUAAUAAUGAGACGAAAGGAAAUGAAAGUUAUUCUUUGUUUUUCUGUGUGUUACGUAGCAUAGCUGUGACUUGCACGAAAUUGAGUUACCAUUUGAUCAUGAAUAAAAAAUUUAACAUUUAUAUUUUUGUUGAGAGAAAAAAAAAAAUUUGAAAAACAAAAUAAUAUGUAGAAGCUAGGGGUGAGCAAAAAAACCGAACCGAAACCGGGAAAAACCGAUCCGAAUGUAACCGAUCCGAAACCGAAACCGA